AUGACCUCAUGGAUUCACUCCACAGAAACAGUAAACAAUGUGACUGAGUUCAUUUUCUGGGGCCUUUCUCAGAAUGCAAAGAUUGAAGAAGCAUGUUUUGUGGUGUUUUCUUUCUUCUACAUGGUCAUUGUUCUGGGCAACCUCCUCAUCAUGUUCACAGUGUGCCUCGGUAACCUCUUUAAGUCACCCAUGUAUUUUUUCCUCAACUUCUUGUCAUUUGUGGACAUUUGUUACUCUUCAGUCACAGCACCCAAGAUGAUUGUUGACCUGUUAGCUAAGAAAAAAACCAUCUCCUAUGUGGGUUGCAUGCUUCAACUCUUUGGAGUUCAUUUCUUUGGCUGCACUGAAAUCUUCAUUCUCACUGUCAUGGCCUAUGAUCGUUACGUGGCCAUCUGUAAACCCUUGCACUAUAUGACCAUCAUGGACAGAGAGAGAUGCAAUAAGAUGUUGCUGGGAACAUGGGUCGGUGGAUUCUUACAUUCCAUUAUCCAAGUCGCUCUGGUAGUGCAACUUCCCUUUUGUGGACCAAAUGAGAUUGAUCACUACUUCUGUGAUGUCCAUCCAGUUCUGAAACUUGCCUGCACAGAUACCUAUGUUGUCGGUGUUGUUGUAACAGCCAACAGUGGCACCAUUGCGCUGGGCAGUUUUGUCAUUUUGCUAAUUUCAUACACCGUCAUUCUGGUGUCUCUGAGAAAGCAGUCAGCUGAAGGCAGGCGCAAAGCUCUCUCCACCUGUGGCUCCCACAUCGCGGUGGUCAUCAUCUUUUUCGGUCCAUGUACUUUUAUGUAUAUGCGACCUGACACUACCUUCUCAGAGGAUAAGAUGGUAGCUGUAUUUUACACUAUCAUCACCCCCAUGUUAAAUCCUCUGAUUUAUACUCUGAGAAAUGCAGAAGUAAAGAAUGCAAUGAAGAAACUGUGGAGUAGAAAAAUCUUCUCAGAGGAUAAUGGGAAAUAA